AUGCGCGUGAAUAUCCUGCAUCACGACGAUAUCACACGUACCGUUCACGUCACACGUGGUGUCCUAAACUUAAUCGGCGUGUGGCCGUCACCCAGCGACUCGUUCGCUCUCAAAAUCGUCCGGACGAAAAUGCUCAGGAUUUUCUGCCAGGCCUUGCUCUAUUUCAUCUUUGUGCCGGGUAUAUUAAAAAUGUUCCUCAAAGAAUCAAACGCGCGUCGUCGCCUCAAAAUGAUCGGUCCCAUGUGCAACUGCCUGAUGGCUGUGCUGAAGCACACGGUGCUGAUUUGUCGUAGCGAUCAAAUCAAAGAUUGCAUCGAGCACAUCGAAGAAGACUGGAGAACAGUGAGCCUGGCAGAGGACUGCAAGAUUAUGAGGGGCAACUCAAGAAUCGGACGCAGCCUCGCGAUCCUUUGCGUGGCUUUCGUGUACGGCAGUGGAUUUUCGUAUCGCACGAUCGUGCCGUUAACGCGUGGAGUCAUCGUCACGCCGCAAAAUGUGACAAUUAGACCACUGGGAUUCGACGGUUAUUACAUAUUCAUUGAUCCACAAAAGACGCCGGCUUACGAGAUCAUCUUCACCAUCCAGUUUCUCUCCAGAUUUGUACAGUACUCGGUAACCAGCGGAGCCUGUAAUCUGGCGGCUCUCCUGGUGUUGCAUGCCUGUGGCCAACUGAAGAUUCUCAUCACCAGGAUGGAGGAUCUCACGCACGCCAAAUACUUCUCUGAUAAAAACGCCAACAGGAAACUGGCGGCUGUCGUAAGGCAACACAUCAGAAUUAAAAGUUUUUUGAGCAAAGUAGAAGACAUUUUGCAAUACACAUGUUUGGUGGAAGUAGUUGGAUGCACGUUUAUCUUGUGCCUUCUGGGAUAUUACAUAAUAAUGGAGUGGGAGAAUAAUGAUGCGAUAUCCUUGCUAACAUAUACCAUACCUUUUAACAUCUUCAUACUAUGCUUCAUCGGCGAACUCCUCAUGGAUCAGAGCAUGAAGGUGUACAUUACUUUCUGUACUCUCGACUGGUAUCAAAUUCCGCACAAAACCGCUCGCGGUCUCGUUUUGAUAAUCGCAAUGUCUAGUAUUCCCAUCAAACUCACUGCCGGAAAAUUUAUGGAUUUAUCUCUCAACAGUUUUGGCGCCAUCAUGCGGACAUCGGCCGCGUAUCUAAAUAUAUUGCGUACAACUAGUAUUUAAAGCUUAAAGUAGUUUGUUAGAUAACAAAAUUCAUCUAAGAAGA